AUGCAAAGCAGAGAUGGAAAGGGUAUCACAUAUAAAAACCUCAUGUCGUACAUGUUAAGGGUUGAGUCAGAAGGCCUAGCAGAAGCCACUGGAGGUCGCCCUACGAGGGCAGCUUUGACUGCAUCUUGGCCCCAGGACCGACUCCGCUGCUUCAACUGUAAUGACUGGGACCAUAUGGCUGACAAGUGUCCGAAGGCAGGUACCGGACUCAGGAAGUGCUACACGUGUGGCACGUUCGUGCAUGACAUUCCAGCUCACAAGAGAUGCAGCCCGAGAUGUGGUGAGCAAAAUAAGUCUGAUUCAUGGGAUUUUGAAAGGCAGGGCCGUGGAAGUCAAGGGAAUCGAGGUGGCCGCGGCGGUGGCCGUGGCAGUGGCCAAGGCCGCUCUAAUUCCCAAAACUUUAGGCAGAAAAGGGACUCUAGCAACGAAAGAGAAGAGACAGUGUCAUCGGAGGAAGCGCCCGCGCCCCCGGAGGUACAACGGAAAAGAGAAAGGCCGAAAAGACUGAUAGAAACAAUGGAGGUCAACUUGGUCCAAGAAAGUCGUGGUAAAGACGUCAGCUUUGCGGGCUUAGCUCUCGGGGAAGAAGUAACAAAAAACCUAAUUUUCAUAAACGGUGAUACUGAAACGUCAGGAGAUAAUACCAUUUAUGCGGAAGAUCUAGUUUACCACUCUUUGCUGGCAGAAAUAAAUAAAGAUCCAGCUUCAUACAAAGAAGCAAUGAAGACUGUGGAUAAAGAAGGCUGGAAUCAAGCCAUCCAAGAAGAGCUUGACUCAAUGGCAAAGAAUCAGGUCUGGAAGUUGGUAAACAGACCUGCAGGACUGGUGAAUGGUAAAGUGCGAAUAUCAUCGAUUCUCGAUGGGUUCUUAAGAAAAAGUACUCUUGACGACGAGAUAUACAUGGAGUUACCAGAAAGUUUGGUCUUUUCCGAUCUGGAAAAACAGAGCAAGGUGUGCAAGCUUCAGAGAGCCCUCUACGGCCUUAAAGUCAGUCCGAAAAAAUGGCAUGAAAGAUUCUCGGAGGUUGCAACGAAAAUAGGUCUAAGAUUUUACAUCUUGGAACCUUGUCUGUUUACUUGGCCAGAGGCAGAUAAAAUUCUGAUGUUGGUUCUCUAUGUUGAUGACAUGCUUAUAGCAAUUAAUGAUACUGGCAAAUUUAAUUCUGUGAAGGAAAGACUGCAAAUAUCAGACUGGCAAAAACGAAAGAAGAAAGACGAGGCAACGGUGCUAGUAAAUGACUGA